AUGGCUGCUGCGGACGAACAGUACGGAAACAAGGGCUACGGCCAGAUAGGAUCCUAUGGCGGUAACCCCUACGACGCACGCGACGCCAGCCCGGCUGGCUACAACAACUACAACCAGGGCGGCUAUGGCGAUGUAGAGAUGCAAAACUACCCCGGCGGUGGCGCCAGCGCGAACCCCAAUGCCAUCCUCGACGAAUGCCGCGAAGUCGACCGCGCCCUCGACGACCUCGAUGCCCAGCUCAGCAACCUCGACCGUGUCUUCAAGCAGUCAUUGGCGCGCCCAGACAUGCCCUCGGGCGAGAUCAACAACCUCUCCUCGCAGAUCAUGACCGGCUACCGUGGCCUCGUCGGCCGCGUCAAGGCCAUCAAGUCGAAGCCCGACUCUGGUCACCCAAGAAACGCUCCACAAGUCGGCAAGGUCGACCGCAGACUCAAGGCGACCAUCAACAAGUACCAACAACUCGAGUCGGAUUUCCGAAGGGAUUCACAAGCAGCUGCCGAGCGCCAAUACCGCAUUGUGCGCCCAGAUGCUACCGAACAGGAGGUCCGCGAUGCAGUAUCAGACCCCGAUGCGCCCAUCUUCCAGCAGGCUCUCCUUAACUCAGACCGCCGCGGCCAAGCCUCAUCCACCCUCCGCAACGUCAAAGAGCGCCACGAGGCCAUUCAGAACAUAGAACGUCAAAUGGUCGAGCUUGCCCAGCUAUUCCAGGACCUCGACCAGAUCGUCCAGGAGCAAGAGCCGCUUGUCGCCAACAUCGAGCAAAAGGGCGAGGAGAUCCACGAUAACGUCAAGGCUGCCAACGUGGAGAUCGACGGUGCCAUUGUCAAGGCCCGCAGCCGCAACCGCAAGAAGUGGUGGUGCCUGCUCGUCCUCCUGCUCAUCAUCAUCGUCGUUGUUGUCAUUGCUGUGGUUGUCACACAAGUCAACAAGGCCGCUGCCAACACCGUUGCGUAA